GUGCCUUCAUUGUUUUUCUAGUCGCAUUCUCUGUGGUACACAUCUUCGCGCAACCCCAACGCAUCACCGUCGUACCUCGACACCGCCGGCGCCCUCGGCUUCGGCGAUAAUAGAGGCCAUAGUGCGAGCGACGGAAACAACAACAACAAUAGCAACGGCGGCGGCCAACAUCACCACAGCCAGCACCACAGCCAGCACCACAGCCAGGCCAUCAUUGAACGCUCCAUGCUUGGCCGCCUGCGCGCCGACGAGAUCUACAUGGAGCGGUGCCGGGCCAACGUCAGUAACCUAGGUAGUACGUGGCUGAAGCCGCCCGGAGUGACCAAGACGCUGUUCCAGCUGCGCGAGGAGCGGCGCGAGGCCGAGGAGCACGCCGAGGCGGUGCGCCGGGAGAUGCUGGCGGCCGAGCUAGCCGAGGCGGCGGAGGCUGAGGCUGGCGGUGGGGCUGGCGGCCUUCCAGGUGACGAAGCCAUGGAUGGCGGCGAGCCGGGAAUGGACGACGACGACGAGGAUGGCGGGAGGGAUCUCGACGAAGACAUACCGGACGCGGACGAAGGCGGGUUCGGCUUUGAUGGAGCUAGCGACGACGAGGAUGAAGAUGACGAUCUGGAUGCAGAGGACGACGAAAACGACGACGCUGACAAUGACCAUGCGAUGCAGGUGGAAGGGUCUAGCGCAGGCGAUGCUCUCCGGCAACAGCGGCGCAUCCAGCAGCGCGAGUUUGCCAGCCGGAUGGCGACCAUGCGCGCAACCGAGGACCGCAUGCGGGAGCGGAUGGCCCGCGGCGGGCCGGGUGACGGCGCCGGGGACCUCUACGGCGCCGACGAGGAGAUUGACGAGGAGGACCUGGCGCACAUGCUCGAGGAGGAGGAUCUCGUGGGUGCCGUGUACCGGGACGAGGUAGAGCCUGGACCAGACAUGGACAUGGAGGCAGAUCUGGACGACGAGAUCCCCGAGGCAGAGAGCGGCGGCGGCUAUGAACACACCGACUCCGAGGCCUCGCUCAGCAGCAGCGAGGACGGCGACCACAACGUCAGCUACCUCGCCCCUCGCGCUCGCCUGCCGCCAGCCCAUCCCCAGAGGAGCAGCAUCGGGCGCGGCGACGGCGGGCCGAGAUCAAGCCUAGACAUCAGCAGUAUCCUUUCCAGGGACGGGAGCAGCAUUACGGGCAGCAGCCCGCAGAUGCAGAGGAGGACCUAGAGUUGGAGGUGAUAGAGAAGAGAGUGCAAAGAGAAGAGAAGAGAAGGUCAUUUGGGCCCAAACAGCAGGAGAUACCCAAAGUCAAAACUUCAGUUACCUGCCGUCCAUGGUUUCGGUAU